ACAAUCUCUCCUUGUUCUGGCACUCCUCCUUUCUCAUAAUUCCGUCCUUUCUCCCAAAGUUGUGGAUAGGAAAUCCUUCACACCCACACCCCCCAACUCUUCAGUGACAUCAUAUGUAGGCUGACUAUUUUAGGUCUGGGCAUGCGUUUGUUUAAGAAACACUCCCAAGAGUGCUGUAUAAGAAAGCAAGGUCAACUGUUGCUGGUUAGUGCAUUUCAGUAUGCAAGUGCAAAACAAAGACAGAGCAGCUUUAAAACAUCUUCGUCUUUUCUGCAGUAGAAGAAAACGAUUUUGGUAAAUAGCUCUCUUAUCAAAUUAAAUGGGGUGAUACAUACUUGGAUCUAAAUAUGGCACAACGAAACAAAAAUAAUCUCUAGAACUACACAAAUGACCAGCUAAGGGUUUGAGUCAAGAAUAUACACAGAAGAAGCCUUUGGAUUUUUAAUCUACUUCAGAAGAAAACGGCAUUGCAAGAUCACUUGAAAAUGAAGACAUUCCCAUGGACUUUGAAUUUACUGUUACUAUUAUUAUUAUCAAAUGGAUGCUACACAAAACAGUCUAACUUCAACAAAAGUUCCCCUAGACGAUACCCACGUUCUACAGAAGAAGGAGAGGAAGGGAAAAAGUGUGGCUACACAUUUAUUGUCCCUGAACAAAAAAUAACUGGACCAAUUUGUGUCAAUACCAGAGGCCCAGAAAACAAAAAAGAUGAAAUUACUAGAAUGGACAUUGAGAAUCUGAAGGAUGUAUUGUCCAAACAAAAGCGGGAGAUUGAUCUCUUACAGCUAGUGGUAGAUGUGGAUGGGAAUAUAGUAAAUGAAGUAAAACUGCUGAGAAAAGAGAGCCGCAACAUGAAUUCUCGUGUUACUCAACUAUAUAUGCAGCUCCUCCAUGAGAUAAUCCGCAAACGAGACAACUCACUUGAGCUUUCCCAGCUGGAAAACAAGAUACUCAAUGUCACAACUGAAAUGUUGAAGAUGACAUCAAGAUACAGAGAGCUUGAAGUAAAAUAUGCAGCACUAACUGAUCUUGUAAAUAACCAGUCACUCACCAUCUCAUUGCUGGAAGAACAAUGUAUACGUAUCUUUUCACGGCAGGACACACAUGGUUCUCCACCUUUAGUUCCAGUGGUACCCCAUCACAUUCCUAAUAGCCCACACUACACUCCAGGACUUCUGGGAAGUAAUGAAAUUCAGAGAGAUCCAAGCUAUCCCAGAGACAGAGAUGUGAGACCACCCCCUGAUCCAGCUACUACUCCUACAAAGAGUCCUUUCAGAAUCCCACCAUUAAUGUUGAUCAAUGAAGGCCCAUUCAAAGACUGUCAACAAGCCAAACAAGCUGGCUAUUCCAGUAGUGGUAUUUAUAUGAUUAAACCUGAAAACAGCCAUGGACCAAUACAGCUAUGGUGUGAGAACAGCCUUGAUCUGGGUGGAUGGACAGUUAUUCAAAAAAGAAUAGAUGGUUCUGUGAACUUCUUCACAAACUGGGACAAUUAUAAGAAAGGAUUUGGAAAUGUUGCUGGAGAAUACUGGCUAGGAUUGGAAAAUAUUUACUUGAUUUCCAAUCAGGACAAUUACAGACUUUUGAUUGAACUAGAAGACUGGAGUAAUAAGAAAGUCUAUGCAGAAUAUAGCAGUUUUCGACUGGAGCCAGAAAGUGAAUUCUAUCGAUUGCGUCUAGGAACGUACCAGGGGAAUGCCGGUGACUCGAUGAUAUGGCACAAUGGGAAGCAAUUUACCACACUAGACAGAGACAGAGACAUGUACACAGGAAACUGUGCCCAUUUUCAUAAAGGAGGCUGGUGGUACAAUGCCUGUGCUCAUUCUAACCUCAAUGGAGUAUGGUACAGAGGAGGACAUUACAGAAGCAAACACCAGGAUGGGAUUUUUUGGGCUGAGUACAGAGGUGGCUCAUACUCACUAAAAGCAGUUCAAAUGAUGGUCAGACCAAUUGAUUGAGACACUCAAAACAUUUUUAACUGUCUUUUGAGUUUCAUACAAAUGUUACAUUUCAAGUUGUUUUGCAAAUUUCCUUAUAACAAGAAAUCCCUACAAAGUAUUGUUUGAAAGAUUUCUUAUUGCAGUAUUGGAUACGUUGCUUAUGCAAGUACUAUCUGCUCAAUAAGUAAGAAGGCAGGUGGGUUUAAAAUAAAUCUCUGUUCAUUCGACUGUUUCUUAUUCUAGUAUUGGACGUUAAUUGAAAUAAUUAAAACAACCACAUUUGAUAGAGUACAAAGAAAAUUAUCAACAAAUAAUUGCUAAACUGUAGUAGGAGAUUCUGCUGCCAUGUGUUUUGUGUGAAAAUGACUUGUUUUCAAAGGGUUGAAACUAUUUAAGUUUUUAAUUUCAAAAAAAUAACUUCCAGUGGAAAUCUUAUUUUGAGUUACAAAUGCACAAUGAGUCAUGAAAGACAAAGAAUUGGAGGAAAGCUCUGGUUUUGCAAGCAUAUUUUUGAAUUAAAUAAAAGCAUUAAUGUUUCAGCAUAGUAGAUGUUCCCCAUGUGUAGUACAGUUUUUGCAGGAUACACAAACCCUGCUAAUUUAGGGAUGAAGGGCAUUAUUUGUACACUUUUCUUUUAAAUCAGAGAUGGGAAAAAUGUAGUUCUCCCAAGGUUGUUGGACUGUUAACUCCCAGCUUUUAUCAUCACUGAUAUGUUAGAUACUAGGUGUGUGACAACACCUAGAGCAGUGGUCCUCAAACUUUUUACACAGAGGGCCAGGUCACAGUCCCUCAAACUGUUGGAGGGUUGGAUUAUAAUUUGAAAAAAAAUGAAUGAAUUCCUAUGCACACUGCACAUAUUGUAUUUGUAGGGCUAAAAAAACCCCACUUUAAAACAAUACAAUAAUUAAAAUGAAGAACAGUUUUGACAAACAUAAACUUAUUAGUAUUUCAAUGGAAAGUGUGGGCCUGGUUUUGGCUGAUGAGAUAGGAUUGUUGUUGUUGUUGUUGUUGUUGUUGUGUGCUUUCAAGUCAUUUCAGACUUAACUUGACCCUGAGCGAGGGCCGGCUAAAUGACCUUGGAGGGCCAUAUCCGGCCCUUAGUUUGAGGACCCCUGACCUAGAGUGUCACACUUGACCUACCCCUGCCCUAAAUACAAAAACAAGAACCAUUUUAAUAGUAUGCAUUGUCUCAAAAUAAUCCAUUACAACAACACAGAGAUUAGAAAGUUACUUUUCAAAAGGAUGGGAUAAUAAUGAUAUGCUGAAAUAAUCUGUAAUUGGUUCCAGACUAUAAUUCUACCACUUUUCAAUGAUAAAAUAACAUUGUAUUCAUUCUUAUAAAAACUAAACUCCACACAAGGUAAGGCAAGGCAGUACUAUUCUAAAGAGCCCAUUGGAUAAGGUGAUGUACUGAGUCUACAUUGCUCUAGGGAUUUUUCAAUGAAUUAGUUCAUGUUCUUAACCCAUUACACUAUGUUAAACAUAUUUGAUGGUAAUAAAUCAUGUUGAUUUCAA